UUUCUUUCAAAGUAAAGUAUUACUCUAGAACUAAACUACUAUGGAGAACCUUGCAAAAACCAUCCCUGCUAUUACCACCACCGCUACGACAACAUCUACCACGAUGGCGCCUACGACCACUAAAACGACCCCGACCGCUAAAAAAGCCCUUUUAAUCCUAAGUUGUAUCUUGUUAUCCAUCGGAAACUGUGGUGGCCCAUUGGUCACACGCCUCUACUUCAUCCACGGUGGUAACCGCGUCUGGCUAUCCUCAUUUCUAGAAACUGCAGGAUGGCCGGUCUUCAUAAUUGUCCUCAUAAUUCUCUACUUCCACCGCCGUACAACCACAAAAAACAAACCUACAAAGCUCAUUUACAUGCGUCCUAGAUUAUUUUUCGCGGUAGCAUUUAUAGGUCUCCUAACCGGUCUAGAUGACUACCUUUAUGCAUAUGGGGUUGCCCGUCUUCCCAUAUCCACAUCGGCCUUACUCCUCACCCCUCAUCUCGCUUUCUUGGCCUUCUUUGCUUACUUGCUCGUGAAACAAAAGUUCACGCCCUAUUCAAUAAACGCGGUAGUCUUGUUAACAGUUGGGGCAGGAGUAUUGGCGUUGCAUACAAGUAGUGAUAGGCCAAAAGGUGAGAGUAAGAAAGAAUAUCUGUUAGGAUUUGUUAUGACACUUUUGGCGGCUUUGUUGUAUGGAUUUGUAUUGCCUUUGGUUGAAUUAACUUACAACAAGGCAAAUCAAGAGAUUACGUAUACACUUGUGGUGGAGAUUCAGAUAAUUAUGUGUUUGUUUGCUACCAUAUUUUGUAUGGUGGGUAUGAUCUUCAAUAACGACUUCAAGGUGAUUCCGAGGGAAGCAGAUGAUUUCAAACUAGGACAAACAAAAUAUUAUGCAAUAUUGUGUGCUAGCGCGUUAAUUUGGCAAUGCUUCUUCUUGGGAGCAAUAGGAGUGAUAUUUUGUGCAUCAUCGUUACUGUCAGGAGUGAUAAUCGCCGUUCUUCUUCCAGUAACAGAGGUAUUGGCUGUUAUUUUCUAUAAAGAGAAGUUUCAAGCUGAGAAAGGCGUUGCACUCAUUUUGUCUCUAUGGGGAUUUGCUUCUUACUUUUACGGCGAAUAUAAGUUUGAGAAAAUAUUGAAGGAUGACACACGAUCUUCUCCACAGUCAAUGGAAAUGAAUCAGGAAUCAAAGAUACCGACGUACGAGCCUAUAGAACAGAUCAUGUUCAAGACAAGUUAAAGAGUAGUGAAAACUUCCAAUCGGUAAGAAAUAAUGUCAGAGGGAGGUGUCUGUGCAAAUAAAGCCUCAUAAGGUGACAUGCAAAUACUCGAAUAGUAAGAAGAACUAUAUCAUUUUACCCACGAAGUAGAUUGUUCCAAAGUGACAUGUCGCAAAUAACUCUCCAGGCAUCUAUUGAGUACCUCAGUUUGUCCCUGACUUGAGGGUGAUAUGCAGUGGAAUGGGCCAAGAUAGUUUGAUGAACUUUGAACACUUCCUUCCAAUAGCUGAUAAAAAAAUACUUGAUUUUUAUCCGAAA